AUGAAGACCACCAUCCUGAACGUUCUUGUCGGCAUUACGGCUGUUGCGGCCGUUCCCAGCGACUAUGCCUCCCUCGAGACCCGUCAAGGAGGCGUUGUUGCCAACGACCUGAAGAAUGGUGACUGCAAGCCGGUCACCUUCAUCAUGGCCCGUGGCUCUACGGAAACCGACAACAUGGGCACCGUCGUCGGCCCACAGACCUGCGCAGCGAUCAAGGACAACCUGGGCGCCGACCAGGUCGCCUGCCAGGGUAUCGGCACUGAGGACGGCUACGCGGCCGCGCUGGCGCCCAACUUCCAGCCCCAGAACACCGACACCCAGUCCAUCAACGCGGCCCUCGACAUCGUCAACCUGGCCGCCACGCAGUGCCCGGACUCGACCAUCGUCAUGGGCGGCUACUCCCAGGGCUCCGCCGUCGUCGACAACGCCAUCCAGCAGAUGCCGGCCGCCACCCAGGCCAAGGUCGCCGGAGUGGUCGUCUGGGGCUUCACCCGCGCCGAGCAGGACAACCUGCAGAUCCCCGGGUACCCCGUCGCCCAGACCAAGGUCUUCUGCGCCCAGGGCGACCUGAUGGCCAAGCAGGCUGGCACCGGAAACGCCGCUGCGGGGGCGGCUGCCGGCGGGGCGGCCGGGGCUGCUGCUGGUGGUGCCGCUGGAGGAGCUGCUGGUGCCGCGGCUGGUGGUGCUGCUGGCGCUGCGACCGGUGCUGCGGCCGGUGGCAAGAAGAAGAACGGUGGUGGCCUCUCCGCCCUGUUUGGCAACUAA